AAAGAUUAGCAUAUAGCUAGAUAGGAGUAAGAGCAAGUGAUCGAGCAUGUCCGCAUGUCCAUCUCUUACCCUCUCCUGCGACAACCUCUCCUGCAACAUCUGGUUCUGCUGCGGCAGUGCCAAAGAUCCUGAACCUUAUCCGCCGACGCAGUCACAUGUCGUGACGGCGCCGCCGCCUUCUGUGCAAGCGCCUUAUUAUAAGCCGCCGUCAGAAUUGGUGCCUCCUCAUCAGGUGUCGCCGGCACGGGCGCCGCCGCCUGCCAUGCAAGCGCCUUAUUAUCAGCCGCCGUCAGACUUGGUGCCUCCUCAUCAGGUGUCGCCGGCGCGGGCGCCUCAGACGCCGUCAACGGUGACGACUCCUCAUGUGCCCGUACAACCCUUCAACAGGGCGCGUGAGCCACCGGCGCCUGCGGCGACACUAAUUCCUGCCGCCGUGCCAUCCAAGAGAUGCGAGCCGCCUCAGCCAGCGCCUCGUCCGCCGGCGCCGCCCAACGAGACGCGUGAGCAGCGAGUAAUGCCAUUGCCUGCCCGCCUGCCAUCCAGGAAAUACGAGCCGCCAACGCCGCAAGCGCCACCGCCUGUUACUGUCACGUCGCAACCGUCUGCACGGACAACAUGGCCUCCCCGUGUAAAGUCCAAGACGUACGAGUACGACGACGCCGGCGUGCCACCGGCCGUGUCGUUGCCGCCUCCGUCGACACCAAUAGCUCCUCGUGAUCAUGGGUCACGAUACCCACCGGCGCCUCACCCUCAUCCCGGCGACACGGAGCCCCGCGUCGAAUCUUAUUCGCAAGCGGCAAGCCUCCAUCAAGAAUACUAUUAGGUUCGGGAUUCGGGAACAUGUCUGCGCGAGGGUGUGUGUGUACUGUGUACCAUGUCUGUUAUUCGCACCAUGCGUGGGCAUCGGUCCGGCAUCGUCGCAUGGACCUUAAUUUGACUCACGACUGCAUUGAUGUGUUAGAUACCCUUCAAGACUAUGGCCUUGUUUGGAAUCUCUC